AUGGAGGGAGAUUCGGUCACUCUAAACACUGAUACUCAAAUACCUAAAGACGACAUACGAUGGACAUUUGGUGCUGAAAACUCGAUCAUCGCUAAAUUUAAAAUAAAGAAGCAAAACCUCUCCACGUAUGAUGUUCCUGAUGGGAGAUUCAGAAACAGACUGAAGCUGGACAAUCAAACUGGAUCUCUGACCAUCGUGAACAUCAGAUCUGAACAUGCUGGAGAUUAUAAACUACUGACAACUGGAAUUAAUCGGACAAUAAAAACCUUCAGCGUUUCUGUCUAUGAAUGUUUUCCAGGUGUGUUUGGCGAGUCUGUGUCAGUGACGGAGGGAGAUUCGGUCACUUUACACACUGAUGCGCAAAUGAGCAUGCAUGACCACAUAGAGUGGAAAUUUGGAGCCAAUAACUCUUCCAUAGCUAUCGUUAAAAUAAAGACACAAAACCUCCCCGCAUAUGAUGGUCCUGAUGGGAGAUUCAGAGACAGGCUGAAGCUGGACAAUCAAACUGGAUCUCUGACCAUCAUAAACAUCAGAUCUGAGCAUGCUGGAGAUUAUGAAAUGCGGAUAACUGGAGCAAAACUGAUUUCAAAAACCUUCAGCGUUUCUGUCUAUGCUCGUCUGCCUGUUCUUGUCCUCAUCAGAGACUGUUCUUCAUUCUUCUCUACAUCAUCCCAGUAUAACUGUUCAGUGUUGUGUUCAGUGGUGAAUGUGAGCGCUGUGAGUCUCUCCUGGUACAAAGGAAACAGUUUAUUGUCCAGCAUCAGUGUGUCUGAUCUCAGCAUCAGUCUCUCUCUACCUCUGGAGGUGGAAUAUCAGGAUAAAAACACCUACAGCUGUGUGAUUAACAACACCAUCAGCAACCAGACCACACAUCUGGACAUCACUCAGCUCUGUCAGGAAAAAUCAAAACCAUUGAUAAAUAGAGUAGAGCAAAAAUAUAAGUGA